AUGACAGCAAUUCAAAAACUAGCUGAGCCCGUCAAAGUACAUAUAUUAGGGGCAGGUGCGUUGGGAUCUCUCUUAGCCCAUGACUUGAAGUUGAAUCCACAACGAUCUGUUUCACCAACACUUUUACUCCGACCUAAUAAAUCAUCAAUAAAAGACCAAUUUGUGAGAGUGAAGUGCUUCAAUGAUAAUAAUCGAACAAAGGACUCAAUUGUUGAAAUUCCUACAGGAAAGGCUAAAGAUUUACAAGGGAAGAUGAUAGAUAAUUUGAUUAUCGCUACGAAAUGUUUCCAGACUGAGGCUGCUUUACAACCCUAUAUUGAGAACUUAUCUUCGCAGUCAAACAUAUUGAUUUUACAAAAUGGUAUGGGCAUGCCUGAAUUCCUUAUGAAUCGUUUUUGGGCAAAUGGAUCAAACAGUCCCAAAUUCUUUGAGGCUAUCACAACGCAUGGGGUGUAUGUUGAUGAAAAUGGAUUAGUAAAUCAUGCAUCAAAGGGAACUUUGCAAGUAAGUGACAAGAAUAAUAUGGAAAUCAAGGAGUUACCAGAGAUGAUCCAAGCAAUUUUAGAUACUCCCACUUUGAAUGCGGAGUAUGUGAAUUACCAUAAUUUUAUCUUACUCCAAAUGCAAAAAUUAGUAAUAAAUUGUUGCAUUAAUCCGUUAACGGCUAUAUUCGAUGUUAAUAAUGGAAAUCUACUUUACGGCGAUGAGGUUGUCAGGUUAUGGAAGUCAAUAAUAAGUGAAUGUCUGGAAAUGUUUUUCUUGGAAUAUCCUAUUUUGCACGAUAUACCCCAGUCAAAAGCAUUUUUGAAUGACCAAAGGCUCUUGGACAUUGUUACAUCCGUAUGUAAAGCAACAUCGUCGAACAGCUCUUCGAUGAGACAAGACGUUAGAAAUUUGAGAAACACCGAAAUAGAGAACUUAAACGGAUAUGUGUCCUUUUUGGGGAAAAAGCACAAUAAAGCAACUUUUACGAAUUCUAUGAUUACCAGUAUGGUCAAGACGAAGUUGAGUAUGGCCAGAGGCAUUGAUAAAGCUGCCGCUGAUGCAAUUUUAAGUAUAUGA